UUUGGCUGGCUGGAAAGUCUGCAAUGUAGGGGAUGGGUUGACUGAUAGAUCCGUACUUGCGACGAAGAAGCGUUUCUCGUGUUGGGAAGAGAAUAUAAAGACUUACGGGGUUUUUUCGAGCGCUUUCCGUCGUUUUUGUGGGUAAAAUCUUUACGAAAGUUGCCACUGACCGUUAUCGUCAGUGUGUUUUAUGAGAAGGGUUACUGUUUUGGCGGAGAAACUUUCUAAAUAAGUGGCAUCGAGCCAGGCCAAAGGAGGUGAGUGUCAAGAUGGCCCAGUGGAACCAGUUACAGCAGCUGGAGACCAGGUACCUGGAGCAACUCUACCACUUGUACAGUGACAGCUUCCCCAUGGAGUUACGACAGUUUCUUGCGCCUUGGAUUGAGAGUCAAGACUGGGCUUACGCUGCCAAUAAGGAGUCACAUGCUACACUGGUGUUCCACAACCUCUUGGGAGAAAUAGAUCAGCAGUACAGCCGUUUCCUGCAGGAGAACAAUGUGCUCUACCAGCAUAACCUACGCAGGAUUAAACAGCAUCUGCAGAGCAAGUACUUGGAGAAACCGAUGGAUAUUGCUCGCAUUGUUGCUCGCUGUUUGUGGGAAGAACAGAGGCUGCUGCAGACUGCCACCUCUGCUACACAGGAUGGCCAGGCAGCCCAUCCCACUGGAACAGUAGUGACAGAGAAGCAGCAGAUACUGGAGCACAAUCUUCAAGACAUCAGGAAGCGGGUGCAGGAUAUGGAACAGAAGAUGAAAAUGCUUGAAAACUUGCAAGAUGACUUUGAUUUCAAUUACAAGACCCUAAAAAGCCAAGGAGAGUUGUCCCAGGAUCUAAAUGGAAAUAGCCAGGCAGCUGCAACGAGGCAGAAGAUGGCCCAGCUCGAGCAGAUGCUGAGCGCCCUGGAUCAGCUCAGGAGGCAAAUUGUUACGGAGAUGGGAGGCUUGCUGACUGCCAUGGACUACGUACAGAAGAAUCUGACAGAUGAAGAACUGGCUGACUGGAAGAGGAGACAGCAGAUUGCUUGUAUUGGAGGCCCUCCAAACAUCUGUCUCGAUCGCCUUGAAACUUGGAUUACGUCCUUGGCUGAGUCCCAGCUCCAAAUUCGUCAGCAAAUCAAGAAGCUGGAAGAGCUUCAACAGAAGGUGUCCUACAAAGGAGACCCCAUCAUUCAGCACCGGCCCGCACUUGAGGAGAAAAUUGUGGACUUGUUCAGAAACCUAAUGAAGAGUGCUUUUGUGGUUGAAAGACAGCCUUGCAUGCCCAUGCAUCCGGACAGACCUCUGGUUAUCAAAACAGGCGUGCAGUUCACAAAUAAAGUCAGGUUACUGGUAAAGUUUCCUGAGCUCAAUUACCAGCUGAAAAUUAAAGUUUGCAUUGAUAAGGAAUCUGGUGAUGUGGCUGCAAUUCGAGGAUCACGAAAGUUUAACAUCCUCGGUACUAACACAAAAGUUAUGAACAUGGAGGAGUCCAACAAUGGUAGCCUGUCAGCAGAGUUUAAACACUUGACCCUGCGAGAACAAAGGUGUGGUAAUGGUGGACGGACCAAUAGCGAUGCCUCUCUGAUUGUCACUGAGGAACUGCAUCUUAUCACAUUUGAAACAGAGGUCUAUCACCAGGGCCUGAAGAUAGAUCUGGAGACCCAUUCCCUGCCUGUGGUAGUUAUAUCAAACAUCUGCCAGAUGCCAAAUGCCUGGGCUUCAAUCCUGUGGUACAACAUGCUCACUAACCACCCAAAGAACGUGAACUUCUUCACCAAACCUCCAGUGGGGACAUGGGACCAGGUGGCUGAGGUGUUGAGCUGGCAGUUCUCUUCCACCACCAAGCGAGGCCUGACCAUUGAACAGCUCACCACAUUGGCUGAGAAAUUACUAGGACCAUGUGUCAACUACUCUGGAUGCCAAAUCACCUGGGCCAAGUUCUGUAAGGAAAACAUGGCAGGCAAAGGCUUCUCCUUCUGGGUGUGGCUUGACAACAUUAUUGACCUGGUGAAAAAGUACAUUCUUGCACUGUGGAAUGAAGGGUAUAUCAUGGGUUUUAUCAGUAAGGAGAGGGAGAGGGCUAUUCUGAGUCCAAAACCUCCCGGUACUUUUCUGCUGCGCUUCAGCGAGAGCAGCAAGGAGGGGGGCAUCACCUUUACAUGGGUAGAGAAAGACAUCAGUGGAAAGACCCAGAUCCAGUCAGUGGAGCCUUACACCAAGCAGCAGCUCAACAGCAUGUCGUUUGCUGACAUCAUCAUGGGCUACAAGAUUAUGGAUGCCACCAACAUCCUGGUUUCACCUCUUGUCUACCUAUAUCCUGAUAUUCCCAAAGAGGAAGCCUUUGGGAAAUACUGCAGGCCAGAAGCAGCUCCUGAAGCCGAGAUGGGAGGAGACUCAACGAGCACUAUUCAGCCUUAUUUGAAGACAAAGUUUAUCUGCGUUACCCCGUGUCCCUCCGUCUUCAUGGACUUGCCGGACAGUGAGCUGCUUGGGAACGGAUUCCCAGGCACAAACUCUGGAAACACCAGUGACCUGUUCCCCAUGUCACCCCGGACCCUUGACUCCCUGAUGCACAACGAAGCUGAAGCUACUCCAGGGCAUAUGGAUUCACUCACUUUGGAAAUGGAUGUAGCAUCGCCUAUGUGAAAAGAAUCAUCAAGUACUUCAGUCACUUCCUUCUUUGCUGGGUUUCAUAUUAUGUUAGAGAAUUUCUUGAUUUCUAUUUCCCUCCACACAUAGUGUGCCUGUACAGUUUGUUUCUUUUUCUAUGUAAAAAUUUCUCACUUUCACACAAUAUUGAGGUAGUUGAUCUUGGAAGGUUUUCUUUUGAAACAGAAUCGGCACUUACUCUUUUUUUUAAUGGUUCUCCUUAUAAUUAAUAGAUAUUUUUUUCUUUUUUUUCAAUUACAUUAAACAUUUACGCAUGAGUUAUGGGUUGUUUACUUUUUGAAUAGCUAUGAAUAAUGUCUUCUUUUAUUUGAAUGACAAAAUGUAAUGAGAGUAAUUGUUGUAUAAGCUAAGCUUUUUCAGUGUCCCUGCCAAACGCAGCAUGGUGUUGUUGUUUCACCCUGUCUUGGUUGUAUAAAACGGUUUCUGUUUCAUUACGCUUUUUACACAAAUUGGAAUAUUUCUUGUAUUUGUUUCAACCAAUCAAGGUGUGUAAAGAGACAAGAAAUUUCUGGCAAUUGUGAAAUUAUUUUCACGUAAAGUUCUUUUCUCCUUUAGCAUUGUGAGAAGUUCUGAAAUGCAGCUUUUGUCAGCUCACGGUUUGAAAUGUUUCAUUUUAAUAUUGUACAAUUUAAGCCACAUGUUUCUUUGUCUUUUAAUGAAGCCACCUAUUAAUGGUGCCAGAAAGACUAGCACAAGCAGCGAUCCCUCUGUAAACCUUCACAUGAUUUUGCUUUGUGUAACUGUGUGAUAUUUUGGUGUCAGACCACAGGGUGCAAUGUGUGGUGGGGUCAUUCAGUAUUUGGCGUGUUAUUUUUAGUGGAAUAGACAACUCAAAACCGAGCCUGUUAUUGCCACAGUGUAAAUCUGCUGUCAGUUUGGCAGUUUAUCAGCAAGAGUUACUGAAUGAGAAAACGGCAUUGUGCUCAAAAUGUAAAUAAACCAUUUUAAUGAAUUACUCCUCA